UGCUCUAUUAGCAUCAGCCAAAACCUGCACCAAAGGUGUUUUUGUUUGUCAUGUAUUUAAAAUCAUUGUAGACAAUGCUGAAUAUCUGUACAUCCGCUAUGUUGAGUCUGGAGUGUAUGCUGGCCUAAUGGAACAGAAAUAUUUGCAAGAAAUCAAAGAUACAUUUCAUUACACUGACAAUAAUAUGUUUUUGCAUAAUACAUUAACAGUGGAAGAUAUACAGAACAUGGAAUCUGAUCAUAUAAAAGAUAAAAAGGAAAAGCCGAAUACAUAUAAGCCCAGCAGCAGACUUAAUGAUUUCUUUAAGCAAAAAUUCAUUCCAGGUAUUGCUGAUACAAGACAAAUGAAGGACACUGAUAAUAUUAAUUGUUUAUCCUUUGCAGUAUCAAUUUUGCCCUUUUCUUCAACCUCAACUGCCAAGUUUAUGGAUGCUUGUACUGCAGGAAAGGAAGACCGUCUUCAAGCUUUGCUUUUAGAUUUUAGGCACUCAAAAUUGGAACAGGUUCCUCGAAACUCGAGGGAAAUAUUUCAGCAGCAAUAUGAAGGAGAAGAAACCCUUUUAAGUCAGUCAAAGGCAUUAAAUUGUUUACCAGGUGACGUCAAAAGAAAAACCGAACUAUUCAAAGGUGAUCCAAAAUUUGCAUCCAACUUCAUAAACAAGAAAAAAACUCGACUCAGAACAUCACUUAGAUAUCUUACUUUCAGUCUCUUUCUGCAGAAUGAAAUUAAUACAAUUUUCACUAAGUAUAGAACAUAUUACCCAGAUUUAAAUACGGUUCAAUGUGAGGUUUUAGAAAUUCCUGCACUAGAGAGGCCAUCUAAGAAGAGGAAAAGCACAGCCUCUGUGAAGGUGACAAAAGAUGUGGAGCCAUUGAGUGUUAUGCAGGAAUCAAAACAAUCUAUGUAUGAACAAUUUUCUAUUGAUUUAAUAGAGGAUGGAAAGAUAUAUAUUCAGGUAGCUGAGGAAGACACCAUGAUAUGUUGUAUGAAUGAUUAUAAUGAUUCUGGUUCUUUAAGAAAAGAAGUGUAUGUUUAUACCACUUGGCUAAAGCAAGAAUCUGGAGACUACUUCCAUUGUACCUGCAGUAUAUAUAGAACUUUAUUUGAUAUAGCUCAUAGCCAAACUCUAAAUUAUUCAAACAGGAAUAGCUGCAUGCACUGUACAUUCCUUAAGUGUAUUGUUCUUCCAAAUCUACAGAUAGAUGAAAGGGCUACAGAAACCAAAACCCGUAAAUUUGUUCAGGAGGGAAAGCAGUGUGCUGGCAAGGAUUUGAUUGAAUUAAGUGACUUUAAUGGUACACGGAAAUUUUCAGUUUUGGCAGAAGGAGAGACUAAACCUGUUUUUUUAUCACUGAGUCACAACAAGGCCAAAGCAAAUUAUACUGUGACCUGUCACAAUGGCGAGUGUCAAUCAAAGAAGGGACACAAACGAUAUUUAAAUAACUUGAAUUCUUCAAAUCUUUGCAGACAUUUAUUUGUGCUGAAACAUAAUCCAGAAUCCUGGAUUGAUUUGCAUGAAAGAAAUGCCACUAAUGAAACUUUUUUAGAUGACCAACUACUAAAUGAUGAAACAAAUGAUGAUGCUGGUGAUGGUGAUCCUGUUGAUACUAAUGACAAUUUUGAUCCUGAAACAGGUCUAUGGAAGUAUAAGUGUGAGAGCAGCCAUCCAGCAGCAGCUAGAGAGAGUGAUAUGUUGAGGCGUAACAUCAUCAAACGUGACGGAUGGAAUGAUUUGACCUUAAGUAGGCAGGCUGAUGGUUCAUUGAAGGGUCCCAAUUUCUAUCCAGAUAUGCCAGACAAUACAUGCUGCUGUGGAUCUGGAUGGUUGAAGCGAGAUGAUGAUCCAGAUUACUCUGAAAACGGGAAAUUGAUUCCUUUAGGUCGAGUUCUUACAGUUUACACACAGUUUGCGCCUGUGCAAUGUGAUGUUUACAAAAGAGUCUGUUACAACCCGAUAGACGACAGUCGCUGUGAACUUGCAUGGAAUGAAGGCCAGAGUGAAUCAAUUCAUGUUUUUAGUAGUAAAACAGCUGCAGGUGACGAAAUAAGAUGGGAGUUUACAUCAUCAGUAAUGAAAACUGGUUGCACUUUUUCAGCAUACUGUCAGAUGAAGGAUGAACUCUACAGAACUCGUGACCCAAAGGCCAAGUUUAUGGAUGCAACAGUUUUUUUAAAAUGGUGGUUUAGUUGGGCAGCUAAUAUGAACAUUGAUUUCAGACAACCAUGUGACAUUUGUAGGUAUGAGCCUAAUAGACUGUGCUGUGAUGGAACCAGAGUAGGCGUAGGUUUCCGUCAUUCAAAUUUCACAGAAAUAAGUACACCUGAUAGUUCUUUACAGACACAGCAAACAUUGCAUCGACGGAUGGACAGAUGUUACCUGAAGAAUAAGCCUGGAGUUGAAAAGAGACAGAUGAUCGCUUAUCGUGAAGCAUUGGAUGAUAUAGCCCGAACUACAGUUGCAGAAUUUGAACCGUUAGAUAUUCCAGAAAAUAAUGAUAGAAUUAAUUUACUUAUGCAGGCUCUACCUGAGGAGGCUCAUCAAUCAUUCCAGCGAUUUACUCGAGGGAUGUCAGAAUUUGAAAGAGUAGCUUAUGCAUCUGUCCUUAAGAUGUUGGCUACAACAGCAUCUGUGACAAGCAUUUUGUCACCAGAAUAUGCACUUUUCUUGCAGGAAUUUCUAACUAAUGAAAAUCUUUCAGAUUUUGAGUUUAACAGACAGAUGUAUGAGAUGAGAUCAUUUGCUCCAGAAAUACGGGACUUGAUUGCAGAAUCGAUGUUGAACAAUAACAACAUUCUACCUGAUGACAUUAACCUUUUUCUAGUUCAUCUUACUAAUGAGUCUCUAAACUUACCAGUUUAUGCCCCAGAGGAUGCUACUUUUCAAUUCGGAACAUACAACCCUGAGAAGCUGGGCCGGGCUUAUUACUUCAAUGAACAUGGUGUUAAACUGAGGAAUGUACGCAAAUUUCAGAUAGAUGAGGACCGAGCAGGCAGAAACAAUGACCAUGAUGAUGAAGCUAUGGACUUUGAGCGAUGCAGAAAGAUUUACUCAAAAAUACAACAAUCAGCACCCGGCAAAUCUAACUUGUUUCUUUGGUUUUGUCCAGAUCACGGUCAUUGCUAUGGAUUCCACAUGACAGUGGCUGAAGGCAGAAAAGAUCCAUCAGCUUCAUUAUACUCUCAUCUAGCCAAACCUCCACAAGCAGUGUUUUAUGACUUUGCCUGUAACUUACAGGAAUAUUGCCUCAACAGAGAGAGUGGGUACUACAAGAAUGUUAGAUUUUUUCACGAUAUUUUUCAUGGUUAUUCACACAAAUGCUCUACUUCUUUUAGAAGCUCUCGACUUCAAGGAUUUGAAAGUGUGAACUCAGAAAUCUGCGAACAGUUCAACAGCUUCAUCCAGAUUCUGAAGAAAUCAGCAAGACAAAUGACACAAUCUCAUUUCUGUUUCUAUCUUCAGUUCUUUAUUCAUGAGUGGAACAGGAGAAAAAGAGUUGCUUACAAGAGGAAAAUCAGCACUGCACUAGCUGGGCUUUAUGAAAUGUUCGAGGCAGAUUUUCCACAGCGUCUUCAUCCAAUCUACUUGUGUCGGCAUGUGCAACUACUUAAUCUGAAGGCUUGGAGGGAAUUGUAG